GUGGUCCUGAACGCAAUCUCAGGGGUUGGAUUUCGAAGAUUUUUUUUUUCUUUUCCCGCCGGGUUCACGUUGGCGGCGGCUAAAGGCGCGCAGAAGCGGACACGAGCAUGAUUCCAUGGCCGGUGAGGUCAUGAGCAUCCCGCGGCUCAGCACCGGCGACCCUGGGAUUUGAAACACGCACACACGCACACACACACACAAACAUUUUCCGGCUCACCUUGGAGGUCAUAAAACACAACCCCCCUCUCCCCUCUCCUCCUCUUCCUUCUCCUUUUCCAACACUAAAGGAUUUUUUGGAGGUUUUUUUUGGAGAGAAGUGACCCCCCCCCCCCCCCACCCCGCCACCUUUCUUGUCAGCAACACCUGCACCCUCCUCGACCCCCCACACGCCCCCCCCCCCUCCAAACAAAAUGAGACUGGCAAAAAUGUGCCGACUAAACGCGCUGUGGAUCUAUUUGUGGGAAACGGUUGUGUUUUUCAGCCUGGCAGCGUCGAAAGAAGCUGCGGCGAGGAAAGCCGCCACCCCGAUGCCGCCGUCCGAGUUCCUGGACAAACUCAUGGGCAAAGUCUCGGGUUACGACGCCAGAAUUCGACCGAACUUCAAAGACCCCAAAGGCUCCAAAAGUGAAGCUACUCACAAGAAAGGUCCACCGGUGAACGUAACCUGCAACAUUUUUAUUAACAGUUUUGGGUCCAUCGCUGAAACGACAAUGGACUACCGGGUGAACAUCUUCCUGAGGCAGCAGUGGAACGACCCCCGGCUGGCCUACAGCGAGUACCCCGACGACUCGCUGGACCUGGACCCCUCCAUGCUGGACUCCAUCUGGAAACCCGAUCUGUUUUUCGCCAACGAAAAGGGGGCCAACUUCCACGAGGUCACCACCGACAACAAGCUGCUGCGCAUCUCCAAAAACGGCAACGUGCUGUACAGCAUACGAAUAACACUGAUCCUGGCCUGUCCCAUGGAUCUGAAGAACUUCCCGAUGGACGUCCAGACCUGCAUCAUGCAGCUGGAGAGCUUCGGCUACACCAUGAACGACCUCAUAUUCGAGUGGGACGAGAAGGGAGCCGUGCAGGUGCACGACGGCCUGACGCUACCUCAGUUCAUCCUCAAGGAGGAGAAGGACCUGCGCUACUGCACCAAGCACUACAACACAGGUAAAUUCACCUGCAUCGAGGCCCGUUUCCACCUGGAGCGUCAGAUGGGCUACUACCUGAUCCAGAUGUACAUCCCCUCGCUGCUCAUCGUCAUCCUGUCCUGGGUUUCCUUCUGGAUCAACAUGGACGCGGCGCCCGCCCGCGUGGGCCUGGGCAUCACCACCGUGCUGACCAUGACCACGCAGAGCUCCGGCUCCAGAGCCUCGCUGCCCAAGGUGUCCUACGUCAAAGCCAUCGACAUCUGGAUGGCCGUGUGUCUGCUGUUCGUCUUCUCCGCCCUGCUGGAGUACGCCGCCGUCAACUUCAUCGCCCGCCAACACAAGGAGCUGCUGCGCUUCAGACGGAGGCGACGACACGAGAAGGAGGACGAGACAGGCGAGGGCCGCUUCAGCUUCCCCGGCUACGGCAUGGGCCCCGCCUGCCUGCAGGCCAAAGACGGCAUGGCCAUCAAGGGCAACAACAACAACGCGCCGGCCUCGGCCGCGCCCGAGAAGACCAUCGAGGAGAUGAAGAAGCUCUUCAUCGGCCGGGCCAAGCGCAUCGACACGGUGUCCCGCGUGGCCUUCCCCCUCGUCUUCCUCAUUUUUAACAUUUUCUACUGGAUCAUUUACAAGAUCAUCCGCAGCGAGGACGUCCACACAAGCAGUAGUCGAGACCGCAGAGGUUAA